AUGGGGAAAGCCAUCGCCGUCCCAGCUGCUGCUGGGACAACUCAAACCUGGACGACUGUGCGGCGAAAGAAAUCCAAGUAUGAUUCAAACCGACUAUUUGUAGGGAACAUUCCAUUCUCCACUUCCUCAGAUGAUCUUCGAGCACGCUUUGGCCAAUUUGGGGAUUUGGCUGAUGUGUACAUUCCUGUUUUCUCCACAAUCGGGAGAAGCAAACGCUUUGCGUUUGUCUCCUUUUCAAAACGAGAUGAUGCAUUGCAGGCAUUGAAUCUUCUCAAUAAUCGGUUCUUGGGCUGUAGAAGCAUGCAGAUCUCGGCGGCCAUCCAAUGUCUGUCCAAUGGACCUCCGGAAACAAAGGACAGGCAAAGAAAUUCCAAUCCGAAGGCAAACGGCUCAACAAUUCAGACCCAUGCCCCUAUUCUGCAACCCACCAUAAGGGUUAAUGAAAUCCUCGUCAAUGGCAGUAGCAUUACCAACAGACAAGGGAGCUGA